GUUCGGGUUUCAAAUUUCAAAUAAAAUCUCUUAUCAAAUAAUUAGUGUAUUCAUUUAUAAAUUAUUUGAUAAUGACUAAUCCUUUCAAAAAGUUAAAAACUGAGGGCUCAGGAGACACAGGCUUUGAGGAAUUUCUGAAAGGAAUAGAAAAUGACAGGAUUCAGGCCGGAAAGACUGUGCAGCAGUUUGGUUACAAUAAAAACAGAAUCAGAUUCUUUUCUAAGUGCAAAGAAAUCCCUUCUUGGUCUAAAGGGGUACUCUACUGGAUGACAAGGGAAGAAAGGAUUCAAGGUUGAAAUGUUCCUCUAUUGUGGAAGUUAUUUAUUUAUUUUUUAUUAUUUGCCUAGCAGGAACUAAGUCAAGGGUUAUGCUCUAAUUUAACAUUAUUGUUUUGUUUUUUUAUGGAUGCUUAAAAUGAAGACAAAAUUAACUAUAAUUGUAAAAAUAUCAACGUAUUUUUCAGACAAUUGGUCUUUGCUUUAUGCACAAAAAGUCGCCCUGAAGCAUAAGCUACCUUUACAUAUUUGCUUCUAUUUGCGGAGGACAUUUAUGAAUGCACCAAUUCGCCAUUUUAAAUUCCUUCUUAAAGGAUUGGAAGAAACAGCAAAAGAAAGUAGGAAAUUGAACAUUCCAUUCCAUAUGUUUAUAUCUGAUGAAGGAGAAAACCAAAUUAUUGAUUUUAUGGUAGAAAAUAAAUUUGGAUAUGUUGUAAUCGAUUUUAGUCCACUAAGAAUUGCCAGAACUUGGGCUGAAAAUCUUAAAAAGACAUUGCCUGAUGAUGUUCCUCUAGUACAGGUUGACGGCCAUAAUAUUGUCCCGUGCUGGGUAGCAUCAGAUAAGCUGGAGUAUGGAGCUAGGACUAUAAGGAACAAAUUGAAAAAUAAAUUCGCUGAAUUUUUGACACCAUUUCCUCCUGUUACGGAACACCCAUAUUCUGGAGAACAGAAAGCAAAGGAAAUAGAUUGGGCUGCUGCUGAAGCUUCAUUGGAAGUUGACAGGACCAUAGAUGAAGUCAGCUGGGCGAAACCAGGUUAUUUAAAUGGAAUGAAGAUGCUUCACGAAUUUUGCCAAAAGCGUCUUAGCAAGUUUGCCCAGAAAAGAAAUGAUCCCUUAGGAAAUGCAUUGAGCAAUCUUUCACCAUGGUUCCAUUUUGGUCAAAUAUCAGUGCAACGCUGUAUCCUUGUUGUAGAAUCUUUCAAAUCAAAAUACAAAGAAAGUGUUGAAUCUUUCUGUGAAGAAGCGAUAAUCAGAAGAGAAUUAUCUGACAAUUUUUGUUAUUAUAAUCCCAAUUAUGAUAAUAUAAAAGGAGCUUAUGAUUGGGCUAGAAAGACAUUAGAGGAACACAAGAAAGACAAACGGGAAUGGCUGUACACUCAAGAGGAGUUGGAAAAUAGUUUAACGCAUGAUGACCUUUGGAACUCGACUCAGAUCCAACUUGUCAAAGAAGGAAAGAUACACGGUUUUUUGCGAAUGUAUUGGGCAAAAAAAAUAUUAGAAUGGACAGAAUCUCCAGAAAAAGCUUUGGAAAUUUCUAUUUACUUAAAUGAUAAAUAUAGUUUAGAUGGUAGGGAUCCUAACGGAUUUGUUGGUUGCAUGUGGUCAAUUUGUGGUAUACAUGAUCAAGGUUGGAAAGAGAGGCCUGUUUUUGGUAAAAUACGUUACAUGAACUACAAAGGAUGUGAACGGAAGUUUAAUGUGUCCGCAUUUGUUGCAAGAUAUGGAGGAAAAGUUCAUAAGAAAAAAAAAUAAAAUUAUGAAGAUUUAGAUUUAAUGCUAAAAGUUCAAAUCUAUAUAUAUUUACAUCACAAUUUAUUUGUUAUUUUAAUUAUGAUAACAGUAUCAUAUGGCAAAAGUCUCCCAAAUGUAGCGGCCACAGCACUCACAGCCAAUAUGGGUUAUUGAACACUUAAGCAAAUGUUUGCUAUAUAUCUAUCCAUUUUGUCACUAUUUAAUUUAUUUUUCUUUAAUUUAUAGUAGUUCUAAUUUAUACUAUUUUAUUAACUAAGUAUUAAAGCCUGUGAGAUGUUUUCUUUUUAAUUUAUAACUAUAUCUUUCUUUUUUAUUUAUAUUUAUAUCACUAUUUGUUUAUUAUUUAAUUAAGUGAAUACUAAAACCUAUGAGAUUUUUUUAUAAUUAAUUUUGUCUCUCUUUUAUAUGUACAUUCAUAUCAUUUAUGUUUGUUAUUGUAAUUAUUAUUUGAUUUACUAAGUAUUAAAACCUGUGAGA